GCUAUUAUCGCCGGUCUUGGGCCGGUGACCCUCGCCUCCGGCUAACGUGAGAUUUGUAUGCAGCCUGGAGGUUGCCUAAGAAGGAUUCAGACCCCAUACUCUUAGUCCAACUACCAUGAACACCUGUACUCAUAUUUAAGAAUCGGUCUACCACUGCCAUUGAUAUCAAUAUUAGUAUUACCAAAAUACAGCUUUCUUUCUGCGACCCAUUAUACACAAAUACUCACAAGCAUGGCUCAUCAAUCUCCGGAGCAGAUACUACAAACUCCACCUACUAUGGACAUCUCACCUUCGUUACCCUCACUAGCAAGAGAGUCAAGCUCGUCAUCGCGGCCAAGCUCCCCAGAAAGAGUUGCAACCUUGAUCUUACAAGGAGACAAACACAAGCACGCCCGAGAAUCCUUCAUGAAGCCCGCGCCGGUGGAGAAUCGGUUACGACCUGCUGCAGAUAUCAUCAAUCGCAUCAUCUGGGAUCCUAGUUUUGAUAGUGAUAACUUCGUGAUUGUAUACGAGGACCGAUUCGAGGGACGCCUAGAAGCUAGCUUCAAUACGUGGAAGAAAGAGACGACGCAUGACGAGUUCAUCCCACAACACCGCGUCCUUCAUAUUAAGCGCCGGUCAGACGAGGAGAUCGUCUGGGAUCGGAGGCGGAGGAUAGACAAGAUUUUCUCGAGUGGCAAUUCUGCUUUCGAUUAUCUGGGCUUCCUUAGUUGA